ACACCAUUUCUUUGGUGAAGGCUAUUCAACAUUGGUGACAUCUUCCAAUCGACCACUCUGCAAAUUAUUGUCUCUGGACUCCCAGCUGACACCCUGCCGGAGGCUAGAGCUACUGAGACAACUGGAAUUGUGCCUGCUUUGGUCAAGGUUUUUUCUUUCACCGAGGAAAAUUAGAAAAAAAAAAAAAAAAAAAAAAAAAAGAUGAAGUUGGGCAAAGUGGAGUUUUGCCAUUUUCUUCAGAUACUAGCUCUUUUCCUGUGUCUUUCUGGGAUGAAUCAAGCAGAGCUCACAAGGUCCAGGUCAAAGCCCUAUUUUCAAUCAGGGAGGACGAGAACCAAACGCAGCUGGGUGUGGAAUCAAUUCUUUGUGCUGGAAGAAUACAUGGGUACAGACCCACUCUAUGUAGGAAAGCUCCACUCUGAUGUAGACAAAGGCGACGGUUCCAUCAAGUACAUCUUGUCGGGCGAGGGGGCGAGUUCCAUUUUCAUUAUUGACGAGAACACGGGGGACAUCCACGCGACCAAGCGGCUGGACCGCGAGGAGCAGGCGUACUACACGCUGCGGGCGCAGGCGCUGGACCGGCUCACCAACAAACCCGUGGAGCCCGAGUCCGAGUUCGUCAUCAAGAUCCAGGACAUCAACGACAACGAGCCAAAGUUCCUGGAUGGUCCCUACACCGCCGGAGUUCCUGAGAUGUCUCCCGUGGGUACCUCUGUGGUUCAAGUGACAGCCACUGAUGCAGAUGAUCCUACGUAUGGCAACAGUGCUCGAGUGGUUUACAGCAUAUUGCAAGGACAGCCCUACUUCUCUGUGGAGCCCAAAACAGGUGUUAUCAAGACUGCCCUUCCAAACAUGGACAGAGAAGCCAAGGACCAGUACCUGUUAGUUAUCCAGGCAAAGGACAUGGUUGGGCAGAACGGGGGAUUGUCAGGGACUACAUCUGUCACUGUCACCCUGACUGAUGUUAAUGACAACCCGCCCCGCUUUCCGCGCAGAUCAUACCAGUAUAAUGUCCCAGAGUCUUUGCCAGUGGCUUCUGUGGUGGCCAGAAUAAAAGCUGCAGAUGCAGAUGUUGGACCAAAUGCUGAAAUGGAGUACAAGAUUGUGGAUGGUGAUGGUUUGGGAGUAUUCAAAAUUUCUGUUGACAAAGACACCCAGGAGGGAAUCAUAACUAUUCAGAAGGAGCUGGAUUUUGAAGCUAAGACAAGCUAUACCUUGAGGAUAGAAGCAGCCAAUAUGCAUGUUGACCCUCGUUUCCUGAGUCUGGGGCCCUUCAGCGACAUGACAACAGUGAAGAUAAUUGUAGAGGAUGUUGAUGAGCCGCCGGUGUUCACUUCACGUCUGUACUCCAUGGUGGUGUCUGAAGCAGCAAAGGUUGGCACCAUCAUUGGAACUGUAGCAGCCCAUGAUCCAGAUGCCUCAAACAGUCCUGUCAGGUAUUCAAUAGAUCGAAACACAGACCUGGAAAGGUAUUUCAAUAUUGAUGCCAACAGUGGAGUCAUUACAACUGCCAAAUCUUUGGACAGGGAAACUAAUGCUGUUCAUAACAUCACAGUUUUGGCCAUGGAAAGUCAGAAUCCAGCACAGAUUGGGAGAGGCUAUGUAGCCAUUACAAUUCUUGACAUCAAUGACAAUGCCCCUGAGUUUGCCAUGGAAUAUGAGACAACUGUCUGUGAAAAUGCUCAGCCUGGUCAGGUGAUCCAAAAAAUUAGUGCAAUUGAUAAGGAUGACCCACCAAAUGGCCAUCAGUUCUACUUCAGUCUAACAGCAGAGGCAGCAAAUAACCACAAUUUUACAUUGCAGGACAACAAAGAUAAUACUGCGACAGUAUUGACCAAAAGAAAUGGGUUUCGAAGACAGGAGCAGUCUGUUUUCUACCUGCCAAUAUUCAUAGUGGACAGUGGAUCCCCUUCACUCAGUAGCACUAACACUCUCACCAUCAGGGUCUGUGACUGUGAUGCAGAUGGCAUUGCUCAGACAUGCAAUGCAGAAGCAUAUAUCUUGCCUGCAGGACUUAGCACUGGAGCCCUGAUAGCAAUUUUGGCUUGUGUCCUGACACUGCUAGUUCUCGUCUUGCUGAUUGUCACCAUGAGGAGACGGAAAAAAGAGCCCCUCAUUUUCGAUGAGGAGAGAGACAUCAGAGAAAACAUUGUCAGGUACGACGAUGAGGGUGGCGGAGAGGAAGACACGGAGGCCUUUGACAUGGCUGCCUUGAGGAACCUCAACAUCAUGCGCGACACCAAGGCCAGGAGGGACGUGACACCUGAGAUUCAGUUCCUGAGCAGACCAACUUUUAAAAGUAUCCCAGACAACGUGAUCUUUAGGGAGUUUAUCUGGGAAAGACUAAAGGAAGCAGACGUGGACCCCUGCGCGCCGCCCUACGACUCGCUGCAGACGUACGCCUUCGAGGGGAACGGCUCGGUGGCGGAGUCGCUCAGCUCUUUAGAUUCCAUCAGCUCAAACUCUGACCAGAACUACGAUUACCUCAGUGACUGGGGCCCUCGCUUUAAAAGGCUUGCAGACAUGUAUGGCACCGGGCCAGACUGCUUGUACUCCUAGCCUUGGAUCCUUUCUCUGAAAAUGCACUGAAGAAUAUUAAAACACAAAACCUAACAGACUGAGGAAAGUUGUAAAUAUUUCUCCAUUUUUAAAGUUUUAGGUUUUUUUGUUUGUGGUUUUUUUUUUUUUUUUUUUUUUUUUUUGGUUUUUGGUUUUGUUUUUUUUUGCCUUGAUGGAACAUAUCUUCAUUAGACUUGUCCUAGGGACUGCACUGACCAUGCAGAAUAUGAGCAUUUGGUGGCAUUUUUGAUAAAAUGGAAUGCUCAGCCACGUUCAAAUAGAUAGCAACCCUCGAAUACCUGCAGAGGCAACUCACUUUCAAGAGUAUGCUAUGCAGUCACCUCAGUGAUCUGGUGAUACUCUGUAGAAACCUUCACAGUAUUGCUAUAUAGAGAAUACAGAGUCUCUGUUUUAAGAAGAAAUAAAUUUUCAAAUGUACAACUCAGUAUUACAGUGCGUAGUAUUCACACAGGCAAGGUUUUGUUUAACAAAUUUUUUUACUGUGUGCAUACAGAAGGACUGAUGAAAACAAACAAAAGCCCAGGAAAUGUGGGGUUUUUUUUAUGUUUCUCCCUGUUUGUUGUCAGAGCUAUUUAAUUAGAAAUCAGUCUAAUUUUCCAGGUAGUUUUUGACAAUAAUUUUGAGAAAUGAUUGCUUGUACUAAGAAAUUCCACAGUGUGUCAUCACCUUACGAAGUAGAUUAAAAUCCACAUAAAAUGAUAAAUAUGGAGUUGUAGUCUUAUGGCUGGGAAGUUUUGUGAUGCCCAUGUAGGCAUAGAAAAGGUGUUGCUAUCUAUUUGCUGUUUUUUAUUCUCUCUUCUGAUUUGUACAGGAGAAUUUAUGCUUUUUUAUUAUUGUUUGACAUAAAGUGUUAUAUUUAUUUUGGAACUCCAAUCUCCACUAAAUUCAGGUCCAUUUUACUGUCUCAUGGUUUUAGACUUGUCAGAACAUGCUGAUUUUUCUCCAGUCUCAGAUAAAUGUAGGAAAUGAAGCAUGGAAGUGGAGAAAUUACACUAAACAAUGCCACCCGCCAUUCAUCUCACAGAAAGGAGAGCAGCUCCAAGGAUGUGCAGUUGUUCUUCUGAGCCAUUACAAAGUCUGAGACAUUUAAAGAAAACAUUUGUACAUUGAAUUUUUUGAAAGAUGACUGCAGAGGUAGCUGGGAGUGUCUUUAAUGCAAGAUUUAAUUUUCAAGGUUAAACACGCUAUGUGCUUCAAAGACUGUAAACACCUUGCUUUUCUCCUUCCACUUCUCUUUUGCUGCUGAUGAAUCACAGUCAAAGAUUUUUUCUAUUUUUUUCUUAUGUUAAGCAAAGUAAUACUAUUAAAUUCAGAAGUCAUCUUUAGAUCCUGCUGCACAUAAGUAUUAUUUCCUCAAGGUGUUAACACACUACACAUAAUUUCUAUGCUGGUUCAGGAGUGCCAAAACAGAAAGACAACUAUUGUUGGUUAAUAUACUGUAUCAUUUUGAAGUAGGAUUUCUUAGAAUAAGACAACUUUUUUAUGAUUCUGGCAAUAUUUAUACUUCAUCUUUCAUGAUUUAUUACUAGAUAAUAAGGCAUAUAUUCCAGUAAAAUAGUGGGUUUAGCUAUUAUUUCAGAUUUUUUUUUUGCUUUAGAUAAAAUGUAGAUGAGUUCCUAAAUUUGAGUGUGUUCCUGCAAACUUUUUCUUGUACCUAAUUUGAAAUUACUUGACCUGCCUGCAAAUAUUGAGAGGUACACAGAAUUGUUUACAGAAUUGUGUUUGUGAACAGAAGGUCCUCCACAGAGAUUGAUGCUCACUCUAAAAGUACGUCUUUCUGAGAGAAGGAUCAUUGUACUAAAAUCCUAAACUAUGAAUGAUGUGAGGCUGGGGGAUGGGAAAUUAUCAUUAAGGCUUUGUAAUUUUUGCAGCCCAGCAUUAUAAAUUUACUAUGUGAAAGUGGCCUUCAGCUCCAUCAGAAAAGAAAAACAAUUUUAAUCAUCUACAACAUACUUGAGUUACAUUUUAAUAGACAAUCAUUGUUUCAUAAUUCAGUAGAUUUGCUUCUAGUUGUACGAAAUAUAUAUAUAUAGGCUUAUAUAUAUAUAUAUAUGACAAAUUUUGUAAUGGAACUGACAGAUAUCGUCCAUGACUUUUAGUCAUACAUGUAAGAUUUUUC